AGUUAACUUUGAGUUUAUGUAUAAUCAGGUAUGUACACUAACAGAAAUUGUUGUUUUAAUCUUAUUUUCUCAAAAGAGUUAUCAAGCCAGUUGACGUGGUCACUGGUGAAGCGAAUACGCAAUCUCAUCAUCAUGAAAAUCAUCCUGAGCCAGGCCCCACGUGCGGGGGUAAUACAGAACGCUACGCUGGGGCAAUUCCUUGACAGGACACGGCAUGUCGCUCCCGAGACAUUCGAAGAUGUCUACACAAUCAAAGUCACCAAGCACAAGACAGAGAGACUUGGACCGGCGACAGUUAUCCUUGAUGAAGCACUAGAAAAACAACUCUGCUUCUACGUACGCUAUGCUCGGCCAAGCUCACUUGGGUGUCCGGAAGGUAUCAUCAAGAACCGAGAUGCCCCCUUGUUUUUGGGUACACACGGAGCCUGCAUCUACAAGGUAUCCCGAGUGGCCGAUGAUACCUGGAAAUCUAUGGGGAUGCCGGGCAAGUGCGGGGCCACCAUACUGAGGAAGACUGCAGCAACCAAGGCUGUUGGAGAACUGAAACAAAGAGAUGCUGAUCAAGUGGCUGAGCUCAUGGCACACCAGCCCGCUACGCAACAUGCGUACUACGUGGCCGCGCAGGACACAAGGGAUAAGAUCAGAGCUUGCAGCUUGCUUGCAACUGUCCUCCGUAAGGAGGGUGUUGCAGGGACAGCGACCGUGGAAAAUAACCCACCCACUGAGAUCUCUGAGAUAUCUGUCUGCCAGAAUAACCAACCUGCUGAUGAUGAGGUGUCUCAGCAUUCUAGCUGCCAGGUUGAUGAGAGCCCAAGUAGUACUAGUGGUCACUCGCAGCCAGAGCCAGUUAUGUCUGCACACUCCCUGCUGGCCUUCUAUGGAAAGACGGUAAAACAACAUCCACAGACAAUCUUUUCUGAAAAAGAUAAAGCGUUGUUUCUACAGAAAUUCCACUCUGUCAAAGAACGCGAACCAGGGGCUGCCCUGACAAGAGUGGCAGAUGUUAUCCUCGAAGAUGAACAUUUGAGGAAGAAAUUUAAGAGGAAGCAAGUGGCAGACAAGCUGCGAAGCAUGCUUGAGAUUUUGGCCAAAAAAGAGUCUGCCCAAAAUGCGACCAACAAAACUAAAUGUCCCACAAAGCUGACAGAUGAUCAACUUACGGACCACAUACUGAGGGAAAAGAAGUACCUGCGGAACAUCUUUGAAGGCAAGGACGUGGCAUGCAAGCGCCAUAGGCGCUUCAAGCAAGGGAGACGAUCUAGAGAAGAACUUCAGUAUGAAACCACAAAAGGCCCAUUCACCGAUGAGCAGUAUGAGCUGGCAGCGGAUGUGUUGGUGAAGACAUUUUGCCCCAAUAAUGAGACCGAGCGUGUGGACUAUGUCCUGAAAGUGCUCCUGCCAGAGGCACUGAUUCGGGUUGCAGAACGCCAUCUGGAUGUAAGCCAUGAGGAGGCAGAGCAACUAUUCAUUAACAGCAGUUAAGCGUUAGUGUUCCUGGUUUGAAUUCGGCCUUGCAAUGCGUCAAGACACGAACUAGUCUUUCCCAAUGGUUAGUGUUGGACAGUUUGACUUCAUACAUUAUUAAAAUGAAAAAUGUUUUGAUGUUUUUUCUUGAUCCGGGUUUUUAAUUCUGGGGACAAAUAUAUGCUUGGCCAGUUUUAAUCAAGUAUAUUUAAUAUUUACAAGAUUCUUGUAAGUUUGCAGUACGCCCCUGCGAAACUAUCUGUGACAAUACUCUUGUAAGUUUGCAAUGUAUUUGUCUGAAGCUGGCCAAGUAUAUAUCUAUUUCCAUUCAUAAACAGCUUUCUGGAUAAUGUUUGCAUUUACCAAAGAUUAGUACUUGAUUAAGUGGUCCUAUAGAUUCAGCUGCGGCCUGCAAAAUUGUCGUUGAAGUCUUGUGGUUGCAAAUCAGUGUAAGAAGCUUAGUCUUGGCCUGCAAUAUGGUUUUAAAAGUUGUGGUCUUGAGGCCCACAACAUGAUCUUGGAAGCCCUGGUCAUGGCCGCAAAUCUGUAAUUUUGAACUUUAUGAACUUGUUAGGCUUGGGUAAGACUGAAACUCAGUGUGAGAAGCCUUAGUUGUGCCUUCAACUUUGUCUUGCCUCAGGUCCUUUGAAUUACAAACUGAAUAUUGUUGAAAUUUGUGAACUUGUUAGGCUUGGGUAAGACUGAAACUCAGUAUGAGAAGCCUUGGUUGUGCCUGCAACUUUGUCUUGCCUCAGGCCCU